UCUUAAACCCCACCACAGCCUUCCCGCUAUACCCCGCAGAAACAUGUCUCAUGGACUCAAGCACACCGAGCUCGUCGGCUCCCUCGAUUGCGGCACGACAUCUGUUCGUUUCAUUCUCUUCAAUAAAUAUGCAGACAUCGUCGCCCAGCACCAGCUUGAGUUCCCCCAAUACUAUCCCCAUCCAGGGCAGGUAUGGCACGAGCAUGAUGUAGAAGAGAUACAGCAGCACGCGGAUAUAUGCAUUGCGGAAGCCCUCAACUCUCUCGAAGCAUCAGGCUUUUCGAAGCAGAGUGUGAAAGUCAUCGGUAUCACCAAUCAACGCGAAACUACGGUCGCAUGGAGUCGAAGCACGGGAAAGCCGCUUUGCAAAGCCAUCGUCUGGGCUGAUUCUAGGACGAAAAACACGGUCGCUCACUAUGAGCAAAAACUUGGUGAGACUGGGAUUCAAGUCUCGCCCGGUAUAUGGAAGAAGGAGAAGGAGGGCGUUGAAGCUCUUCGGGAGAUAACGGGUCUUCCUCUUUCCACCUACUUCUCAGCUAUCAAACUGCGAUGGAUGAUUGACAACUACCCCAACGUUUUUAAAGCACACAAUGCAGAUGAUUUAUGUUUUGGAACCAUCGAAUCUUGGAUUGUAUAUAACCUUCUUGGUGGACCCAAGACUAAUAUUCACAUCAGCGAAGUCUCCAACGCGUCUCGCACAUUGCUUCUCAAUACCGCGACUCUCAAAUGGGAGCAGUCUCUCGUCGAUUUUUUUGGCUUCCGUCCAUCCAUUCUACCCAAACUCGUUUCAACAUCCGAAGUGUAUGGCAACAUUGCAUAUGGCCCAUUGACUGGUGUACCGAUAGGUGGCCUAGUCGGUGACCAGCAAGGCGCUCUCAUUGGAAACAAGUGUCUUACUCGAGGCGAAGCCAAGUGCACUUAUGGGACUGGUGCAUUCCUUCUGUUCUGCACUGGUCACGAUAUUGUGAAGAGCAACCACGGAUUGCUGAGCACUAUUGCGUAUCAACCUGGUCCAGGUGCGAAGCCUGUAUACGCGCUGGAAGGAAGUAUCGCUGUUGCUGGUAGUGCGGUCAAGUGGCUUCGGGAUCAAAUGAAGAUCAUCAGCAGUGCUGCAGAAAUCAACUCCCUCGCUGCGCAAGAGCCUGAUACUGGCGGUGUUUACUUCGUCACAGCGUUCUCAGGGCUGCUGGCCCCAUACUGGGAUCCCGGAGCAGCCGGCCUCCUCAUAGGCAUUUCACAGUAUACCAAUCCCUCCCACAUCGCGCGUGCGGCACUCGAGGCUAACGCGUUCCAAACCCGCGCCAUCAUUGAGAGCAUGAAGCUCGAUUCUGGCUCUGAUCUGAAAGCUCUCAAGGUCGAUGGAGGGAUGACCAACGGCGACGUCGCGAUGAAAAUCCUGGCCGACAUUGGGGGCUUCAGAGUGAUCCGCCCUGAGAUGAGAGAGUCGACUGCGCUCGGUUCAGCCAUCUGCGCUGGAGCUGCUAUCAAACUUUUUGGCUGGGAUUUGACGAAACCCGAAUCCCUUAGCGAAGUCAACACCAAGGGUAACGUUGAGUUUACCGCUCACAGGAUUGAGGAAGAAAGGCAGAAAAAAUGGGAAAAAUGGCAACUAGCCGUUAAACGUUCAAGGAAUUGGGAGGAAGGUGAUGUCAGCAAGGCAUGA